GAAGUUGUGUUAGAACUGAAAAAGUGCUAGUGAUUUAUAGUAUUGCGGUUUCACAAGUGAUUCCUUAAAUUGUAAGUUGUAGAACUCAGAUUGAAUCAAAUUACGGAAAUAAGGAGGUUGCACUUUCCUAGAAACAGUUUAGUUUUAAAAAAGAUUAUGAACAAUAGUGCUUCUGAAGAAACUUCAGAUAAUCAAGAAAAUAUACCUCCUGGAGAAGGAAACUUGCAGAGGGAGAAGAUUAGUCCUUAUUCUGAACGUACAGUCUUCUCUGUAAUUCAGUCAACUAAAGCAAAAAGUACUCCAGCAGAAAAAAAAGUUGAAAAGACUACAGAUAAACCAAGCAAUGUAAGCAGUCCAGAAUGGCUCAAAUUUGUAAGAGAAUUGGAUGAGGCAGAAAGGUGGAAAGAAAGGAAUGUGACAUCUCAGGAUCACCAGGAAAACAUACAAGUGAUAACAAAUCUGUUAGAUGAAGUCAUAGAAAAUUUGCCAUUAGAAAGAGUAGUACAUCCAGUAGCUGUUGAGAAAAGGUUAGAAAUACCCAACCUUUCUUCAGAAGAAACGGAUCUUGGGCAAGAAAGCCAAAAACAACCUGUGUCAGCAGUUGUUAGCAGAUCAUCUGAUAACUCUUCAGGUGGAGAAAGUACUGCUAUUCCCCCACAUACAUCAAUCUCUGAAAAUCAGAAACUUUCUGUUUUGAGUUCUAAUGUUAGAGAACAGUGUUUGCCAGCCUCAUUGGGAAGAGCUCAGAAUAUUGUAGAUUUAGUUUCAGAAGUAACUAAUUUUUCUGUUGAUUCAACCAGGGGUAUAGAUAAAAAACCUAUCUUAUUAGGUGCCCCUAGUUUGAAAAAUUUACUUGGAUAUUCACAUCAGUUAUGUGGUGAUUCAGUCACUGUUGAGUCAUUGGAAACCCCUGAUAACAUUUCUAGUUUUGUAGCCAAAAGUAUUGCUGAAGAUUCUGGUACUAAUCUUGGUGAAGAUAAACUCAACAAAACUGGUUUAUUCUCAGCUGUGAGUGAACCUAGUACAUAUCUACAUAGCCAUAUUGACUGGGACUCUACACAUUGUGCUUUCUCUGACGUUAACUUAAAUCAGCCAGAUGUAAUUACAAAUAAACCAAAUUCUAUUAUUUAUCUCAGUGGGAAUGAUACAGAUGUUGGCCACCAUAACUGUAUUGAACCAGAUAUAAUUGUUGAUCUUAAUAAUGCUAAUCCUCAAGUAACUGCAGAUCAGCCCAGUAACAGUGACUUAAGUUCAUUUCACCAUAAUAACAUUGGAUUUGAUAUAAGUGGCCAAACUUUUAAAACUGAGCUGGGUGAAGGUGACAGACUCAAUACAACUGACCUUGGUAAAUUUGAUCAAAAUGGUUGUGCUGUCCCAGCCAGAAAUAAUACUGAUAUAAAUAUAGAAAAUCAGUUCCACACUAGUUUAUUAGAUAACAUUCAGGUGGAAAACUUUGAAACUAGAAUAGGUGAUCAGCUUAUUAAUGCUGUUACUCCAGACAAAUCAUAUCAACCUAUAAAUACAAGUAAAGGUGAUAGACUUGCUGUAACUACUGAGGAUAUAUCUAAUCCAUCUGUUGUCACAUACUUAGAUGCAUUAAAUGAUAACAGCAGAACUAAUCGAAAUGUAGCUGAUUCAGCCAACAUUUACGACAUUAGUAUAAGAGAACAACUCAUCUCUAUUCCAACUUCUGAAAACAUUUUGUCAAAAAUUGAUAUAACUGGUGUAGAAAUAUCAAAUAAUACUGAUACAGUUGAAUAUUUGAAUAAAACACAGAGAUUCUGUAAUAGUGUUCAAGAACAAAAAGAUAAAACUAAUCCAUUUAAAGAAAAGUUGAUGAUUAAUUCAGAAUCUGUUGAAAAAAAUUUGGCUAGUAAUUCUUAUCAAGACUUAAGUAACCAAAAGCUGUUAGCAAAUUCUGCAGUGUCAGGUAAUAAGGAGACUGUUCUCAGUGGCGAAGCAAGUAAUCAAGGUGAUAGUUCAGCUAAAAACUGUGGUAGUCUUGGCUUUGAAUUAGUAUUUGGAUCUCAACAAAUCAGCAGCCAAUCUGAUUCAGGAAAUAGCACAUUGCAUGAAGGAUCAGAAGCAGUAAAACAGUCUUGUGACACACUUCCAGAAGAAAGGGGAUCUAUAUUGAACAGGUUGGUGAUCAAGGAAUCAACCUCAAGUUCAGUAGAAGAGCCAAGAGGAACUGUUUCUGCAAGCUCAGAAGACUUUUGUAGUAUUGAGGAUAAAACUGAUGAUGAGUCUAGAAGCACUAGAUCUCAUAAUGUUAAUGUCACUUUUGAAGCAGAUCAGAGUGAUGUUUUCUUGGAAGAUGGUGCAGUAACAGCAUCUUCCACUUUUCGUGACCCAUCUAGCAUAUCUUCAAUUGGCUCUUGGGCUUGCCAUUCAACUACAGAUAAAGUAUCAACAGUGGAUUCUGAUCAAGAUAAAUAUUUUCUUAAAGAUACAUAUGAGUGUUCCAUUUCUUGUGAAAAAGUCAACAGUGAAAUUUUGGAAAAAGAGAAGUCAAUUUUGAAAACAACGUUUUUGCCCCAGAAAGAUGUCAGAAUGGAUUCACAGACAAAUGCCUAUUCUUUAAAAGUGGACAUUCCAGACUUUGAUGAAAAUAUCAAUCCCUUUCAAUCACAAAAUAAACUGGAAAAUUCUCCUUUACCAGUUGUUAAUGUGAAAGCCACUGAAAGCAAUAUGAAUAUGAACUCCCCAUUUUCUGUUGUAGGUGAUGAAAAUACUAAUUCUGUUCAGAAUUCACAGUCUGUUCAAAAGGGUGAUGCAAAUGAAAAUAUUGUGAUGCAUUCUGCAUGUUCUGGAGACUUAGUUAGUGAUCAAAACAUUCUAGCAGGUGGUAUGGAUUCUCAUAACCAAAAUAUUGAACCAGACGUGUCUCCACUGAAUGCAAUACAAGAAGUAACUUCACAUCAAGAAAAUGUGGAAGAAUCAUGCCUUUCUUCAGGACAUGAAACUAAUACUUUGGAUGGUUCAAAAGCAAGUGAACUAAAAGAAGAAUUUAAAAACACAGAAAUCGUGUGGAAUAUUGAAGCAAAAGCUGAUAGAUCAAAAGCACAAUGUGACAGAAUUGAACACAAUUUUUCCAAAGUAACAAUAGGCUCCAAAAGACAGAAUGGCUUCAGACCUUCUGAAUUUCAGUCAGAAGAUGUAAGUACAGAAUGUUCUGAGACAUUUCUGAACCAAGAACGCAAUAUAUUUUCAUGCCAAACUGUGGGCUCUAUCCCAUAUCAAAGUGAUAGUGGAUCUGAAGUUUUGCAGUUUACAGAAGAGGAGUUUCGAUCAGCAGCUGAAUUCUUCAAAGAUCCAGCAGCCUUUGAAUUCCUUCAGAAAGCAGGAAAUAGCAAGGCUUUAAAAGAAUCAGCAUUAGCUAGACUGUCUUUAUAUGUGAAGUUCGACCCAUUACUAACUGGUGAUAGUUCUGUCAAAAAACAACAAUCAAGCAGUCAUCUGGAGUCUCUAACUGAAGGGUUAGGAGAAGAAACCCCACUGCAACACACAAGAGAAAGCAACCCAGACACAGUAGCAACAGAAGGUAAUGACAAACAAGGGCAACCCUCUGAGAUCAAUAAGUUGAUUGACUUCAGCCCUUCUCCUAAAAAAAAGGUAGAAGAAAGUUUAGUCCUAGAAACGAGAGAUUCCACAAGGUCAUCUGAAUUUUGUCAUACAAGUCAGGAACACAAAACGUUUAAUGAAGAGGAAGUGAACCAAGCUCUUAAAAUACAUGACUUGUUAUAUCAAGAAAAACUCAUUAAAAAGGACAAAGAGUGGAAUGAACGCUUCAAAGCUUUGGAGAAGAAGAAGCACAUUCUGGGUAAACAAGUUGCUUCUUUGAAGGAUGCAUUAACUGUGAACAGGAUGGUGGCAUCAGAAUUAGCUAGCCUUGUGGAUAACUUCUUACAGCAAAAAGAGAAUGAGCGUAUUGAGUUAGGAUCAUCAAAUCAAAAACUCACAAAAGAAAGAGAUCAAGCACUAGAAGAUCUUCAAAGUGUGGAGAAUGCCUUUGCUGACCUUCAUCGAAGAUAUGAAAAAACAAAAAGUGUUGUGGAAGGAUACAAACAAAAUGAAGAAUGGCUGAAACAACAGCUCAGUGAAACUCAAGCCAAACUGAAUAAACAAGAACAAAUGUAUGAAGUAUUGAGAAAUCGCACUGAAGAGAAGCUGGAAAGUGCAAAUAUUGAAAUAGAAAACACCAGGAAGUCAUCAGAGGGAGAAACAGCAGCUCUAGUAGCACAGUUGAAAAAAGCAGAGAUGAGAAUAUGUAGUUUAGAAAGAAAUUUGGAACACAAGACUAAAGAAAACACAGAACUUUCAAAUAUCUGUGAUGAGCUUAUUGCCAAAGUUGGGAAGAUAUGAAAAUCAAUUGUACUUCAAAGUAAAACUGUAAAGUUUAGAUUGAUUUUCUAAUAAGCUACCAACUUUCUGAUUUUGUUGGAAAUAUUUCCACAUGUCUGCCUCUGAAGAAAGAUGUGCUUUCACUAAUUUUAAUAUUCAAAAGUAAUACCAUGAGUCAUGGAUGAAAUGAUUGAUGCAUAUAUUUUGGAUAUCUUUAUACAAAGAACUUAAAAUUAAAUAAAUUUUGUUUUCUUAGUUAAAUAUUCUUCUUAUUUUAAAAACAUAAAUAAAAAGGAUUUUCAACAAAGCUUUUGUCCAAUUUUGUUGAAAAUUUUGGGAACAUAAGUCAUUCUAUAAAAUUUUUAAUUGAAAAGGUCAUAUUGUUAGUUACUUCAGUUGCACAUAAUUGCUUUAUCAGCAUUAACUCUUUUCAAGUAAAAAAAUUAAGUGCUAGUGUUAUUGAAAAACAAGAAAUCACAGAGAGUAAAACAGAAUUGGAAAUGGUUUCUCACAUGUAAUUUUUAGUGUACUAUUUAGAAAUCAUUGAUGAAAUUUGGGUCAAGAAAUGUUUUUUAAGUUUUCUUAUUAGUAGACCAAAAUAGCAUCUUAUUUAAUUUUUUUUUUGUGUUGGAAGAAAAAGGUUUGAGUGGAUAUUUUAUUUUAAUCAGAGUAAAUGUUUUAUAAUUGAAGUAGCUGUUUUGUUUUCAUACAUCAAAACUGAUUUGUCUUCUAUAAAACUUGCUAUGGUUUAUCACUUUAGAUUGCAUGCAAAUAUCUAGGCUUAGUUUAAAUAAAAUACCUGUAUCAUUAAGUAAGAACUAAUGAGUUGGUUGUUUAUCAUUCAGUAUGAUGUGUCUAAGUUCUCUGAGCAAAGAAAAUUUCAAAUUUAUAGUGGACUCUUUUAAAGAAGUCUGUAUAUCAUGCAAUAUAAAUUUAAAUAAAUACAUAUUACAGCUACCCCCAACUUCAAUUUUGUUGGAUAAUUCAAUUAUUUUCCUUUCAAAUUUAAUAACAUUAAAGAUUUUCACCACAUCUGCUUAAAUUUUGAAAUGUGUCUCAUCUCUGAUAUGUUUUUCAGUGAGGUCUGGGAUUCUUAUCCCACUAUUUAACAUGAAUAUAAAUAAAAAUCAGCCUGAUGCUACAAAAUGAACAUUUGUUUUGUACUAAAUAUAUUAGUGCAUGAUGUAUUACAAUCAUUCCAAGUGGAGUAUGGUUUGCUUUGAGAUAACAGUACUAAUGAGUUUUGUUGUAUGCUAUUGGUUGGUGGUUUUUUUUUUGUUUUCUCUCGUUUUUUUCUGAAAGAUAUGUAAAAAGGACUUCACACUUCAAUAAAAUAUUUGAACUUCUU